GCCAACAGAGCAGGGGAAUUAGGAAGUGUGUGCGACGUGUGCGUUUGGAGCCGGCUUUGGGGGAGAGUUUGUUUUGGUGCGAGGCUAGUGCUAAAACGGCGCCCUGACCCCGCCGUAGUCUGGCGCUCCGUGGGGGCGUGGAGCUGUCAUUUCCCUCCCUCCUCAAAGCCCUCUUCCCUGUUACCUGCCCGCUCUCCCCAACGUCCUUUUUCGGGAAUGGCUUCCUCCCCGUCUUCGGGUUCCAACUGGGGCCUGAUCAUGAACAUCGUGAACAGCAUUGUCGGGGUUAGCGUUCUGACGAUGCCCUUCUGCUUCCGACAGUGUGGCAUCUUUCUGGGAGCCCUGCUGCUUAUUUUCUGCUCCUGGAUGACUCAUCAAUCCUGUAUGUUCCUAGUGAAAUCAGCAAAUCUCAGCAAACGCAGGACCUAUCCUGGGCUAGCCUUCCAUGCCUAUGGAAAAUCUGGUAAAAUGCUUGUGGAAACCAGUAUGAUUGGACUGAUGCUGGGGACCUGUGUAGCUUUCUAUGUUGUUAUUGGAGACUUAGGAUCAAACUUCUUUGCUCGAUCACUUGGACUCCAGGUGACCGGCUUGUUCCGGAUACUCCUGCUUUUUUUCAUCUCCCUCUGUAUUGUGCUCCCGCUGAGUCUCCAGAGAAACAUGAUGGCUUCCAUACAGUCCUUCAGUGCCAUGGCUCUGAUUUUCUAUACGGUGUUUAUGUUUGUGAUCGUGCUCUCUGCUUUCAAACAUGGCCUCUUUGUUGGGCAGUGGCUGCAGCGGGUCAGUUACGCACGCUGGGAGGGCAUUUUUCGCUGCAUUCCUAUCUUUGGCAUGUCGUUUGCCUGUCAGUCCCAGGUCUUGCCAACUUACGACAGUCUGGAUGAGCCGUCCGUUAAAAUCAUGAGUUCCAUUUUUGCCUCCUCGCUAAAGGUGGUCACUGCCUUUUAUGUUAUGGUUGGGUUCUUUGGCUACGUGAGUUACACUGAAGCCAUUGAGGGCAAUGUACUUAUAAACUUUCCUUCCAACGUAGUGACAGAGGUGAUACGUGUAGGGUUCAUGAUGUCUGUUGCAGUUGGAUUUCCAAUGAUGAUUCUGCCAUGCCGGCAGGCCUUGAAUACGCUUCUUUUUGAGCAGCAACAAAAAGACGGAACGUUUGCUGCAGGAGGUUAUAUGCCGCCUCUCCGAUUUAAAGCUCUGACGCUGGCAAUUGUGUUUGGGACCAUGGUUGGCGGCAUCAUGAUCCCAAAUGUGGAGACCAUCUUGGGCCUAACAGGUGCAACGAUGGGAAGUCUCAUCUGUUUUAUCUGCCCAGCUCUUAUUUACAAGAAAAUCCACAAGAAUGCCCUUUGUUCACAGAUCAUACUAUGGAUCGGUCUGGGAGUAUUAAUUAUCAGCACCUACACAACUUUAUCAGCAACUCAAGAGAUACCAGCAAAAAUGGAAGCUGUGAAACCAGACAAUCUGCCUGGAGAAAUAAAUAAAGGACAGGACUCUGCUAAAAUUUCAGACCAAGACCCAGCAGUUCAAGAAGUGGCUGAUAACCGUGACAGACCCAAAUUAGUGAAUGAGAAAGAAGAGGUGGAACAGCCACAGAUCAAAGUUCCAAUGGAUAUGCCUAAAAGAGAAGAGAAGGAGAAACCAAAGGAGGAGGUACAGCUGGACCGGCCUGAUCAAGGCAUUGCACAGCCUGUAGGAGAAGCUCAUCGCCAUGAGCCACCAGUACCACGUGAUGGGGUAGCAGUGGAUGAGGGUCAGGACCGGGAGGAACCUGAACAGAAUCGGCCACCAGCAGACAAGGAUGUCCUGGUAGAGAACUAUCCUGUGGUGGAGAAGGAAGAGCUUAAAGUUGUUCCUAAACAAGCAAAUGAAGAUAAUGGCCAAAAAAAGUUGGAAGACCAGCCCAUAAAAGACCCAAAGCCAGUGCCAGAGGUGGUUGCACACAAGGAUGAUCAGUCUCCUUACAGAGAUGUUCAGCUAGAAAAGCAGAACGAGAAGAAAGACAAGGCUGCGGGUGGGAAGAAUAGUGCCAACUUGCAAGUAGUUGAACAUGGCAAAGAAAAAGUAAAAUCCACGGAGAAGGAGAAUGAAACACAUGAUAAAAGAGACAUACUUUCUCCAGAGAAGUUUGAUCCAGCCCAAAUUGAGCAGAGGGAGGUUCGUAAUGCAGAAGAGAAGGCCGACAGCAAGCUAGAGGGAGCUGGGAAGAAGCAGCUAGACCAUGCAGUCCUCUUGCAGGUGAUUAAGGAACAGCAGGUACAGCAAAAGCAACUGUUAGAUCAGCAGGCAAAAUUGCUGGCAGUGAUUGAGGAACAGCACAAAGAGAUCCACCAGCAGAGGCAAGAGGACGGAGGCGAGGAAAAGCCAAAGCAAGAGAUCCAGCUGGAACAUGCCCUAUCUUUGCCCAGGAAUAAAGAGAGAGAGGAUCACCUUGAAAACAAAAUUGAAAAUGCUGCAAAGAAUAUACCAAGUGAUAACCUGGGUCAUCCUUUGCAUCUGCUUGACAACCAGCCCCAAGAUGGUGAUGAAAUUAAAAGACAGCAGGCCACUGGUCCAGGAGAAAUAAAGUACAUACCAAACAAAUUAACUGAAGUUCCCCCUAAAAACCUUAUAGCUCAUAUAAAUGAUGAUGAGAAAAUUGCACAACACCAAGCUGGAAAAAACCAUGGAGAGGAGUUAGAGCCAGUCAGGAGUGAUUCACAAAUAGCUAGGCCUGAUGGACACCACCAGGAAAAGCAAGCCAAGGCUGAAGAGUUGAAAGGACAGGAGACUCAAGUGGCAGAAAAUAUUGAGAAAAGAAAAGAGGCCAUGAAAAGGGCUGAAAGCCAAAGAGAGAUACCAGAGGUAGCCAACAUCCAUGGUGCUGUGGGGAGGAUUCCUCAUAGAGCCUCUGAGAGAGUGUCCCUUGUCAAGGAGAUUAAAAAAGAAGACAUUCCCCUUAAACCAAAGAUUGCUGACAACAUACCAGGGAAAUUGGAGAUCCAGGAAACUGCAAAAGCUGUCCAAGGUGGGGAAAGACAAAGCUUACCUUUGGACCAGGUUGACAGAUUACAGGGCCAGGGCGCCAAGAGUAAAGAGAGGAUGACCACUGGAGCCCAUAGUCCACAGCUGAGUAAUGCCAAUGAUCCAGGCCAGGAUUCAAAGAGAGAGCAGAGGAUCCCAGAGAGCUUGCAUGAAUCUAACAGUGACCAUGUCUUACAGCCAGACCUCAUUAGGCCUGAGUCCAGGGAUCAUGAAAAGGCAAAACCCAACAGAGACCUCAAGCUACAAGCUGACCUGGACCUGCGCCGCAGAAGACGAGAUCUGGAAGAAGAAGAGGCAGGAGGUGUAAUAAUUGGACUUAACCCCCUCCCAGAUGUGAAAGUCAAUGACCUCCGUAGUGCACUAGAGACUCGGUUAAAUCAGGCAGCCGAAGGUGCCCAGCAAGCCCUUCAUAGCCGACAGAUUAAACAGAUACCAGUGGUAGAAGAAGAGGUGUGAGAAUCUUUGCGCUAUGGGGA